AUGAUAUACAGCAGCAAAAUUUGGAAAACAGUCGCACGGAAAAGUAGAGGAAUUAUACAAAAUGAAGGUCUUUCGAGAUUUAUGAGUUUUGAAAAGAGGAAUACGAAAAGUACUCAUGUAUACGUGAAGAGGAAAAUAUACAAUUAUAAUAAUUAUAACAAUAGUAGUAGUCACAGUAAUAGCACUAGAAAUAGCAAUAGCGUUAGCAAUAGUUCUAGGAAUAGUAAUAAUAAUAAUAAUUGUUAUUAUGUUAGAAAAAACGCAAAUGGUACAAAUGGAGGGGGAAAUAAAAGCGCCUUUUUUCAAAAGAAGGUUUUACCUUUCAAGAAAGGGCUUGAAAAAGAAAAUUAUUUUAAAAGAACUAAAAUAUAUUAUAUAGAAAAGAACAUUUUUUUUAUUUUUGGUUGUUUCACAUCAUUAUAUAGUGUAUUUGUUUAUGACUUUUUUACAAAUAGAUACUUACAAAUUUUUGCAAAUUUCUUUUUUUUAAUUUUUCAUGUUAGCAAGCACACAGUGAAUAUGUUAGCUUGCGCCAUACAUAUAUUAUUUAUUCUUUUUCAAAUUUGUGUAUUAUUUUUUAAAUGCAAUAUUAAUUUGAGGUAA